AUGAAUUGCAGUCAAUUAAUUGUGUGGCUCGAUGACAAUGCUAAUGAUCCUGUGAGUAGUUUUCGUACUAAACUAAGUCAAGAUCAACAACAAUGCGUAAAAGUCUUUGCUGAAAUCAAUCAAUGUAUUACAUUUCUUGAAAAUCAUGUCAAUGAAACAAUAUUUUUUAUUCUUUCUGGUUCAUUUGGUUCAAAAGUCGUACCAUUAAUUUAUGAUUAUGAUUAUAUACAUCAAAUAUAUUUAUUCUGUGGUUCAAUAUCUAGUCAUACUAGUUGGGCAAUAGAUUUUACAGAUAAAAUGUUAAUAUUUGAACAUGAAAAUGAUUUAUUGCAAAGACUUUUCAAAGAAAUAGAAACAUAUCUUCGUCAACAAGCAGAACAAUAUUUGAAACAAGCGAAUUUUUAUAAAGAACGUUCACAAGUAUAUAAACAAGAAGCAUGUGGAUAA